AUGGCGGCGACAUUGCCUGGACACUUGGCGGUUUGCUUCGGAAGGACUUAUUCUUCUCUUCCCCCUCCGUCUUCUGCGGCCAAGCUUAGGGUUUCCAUGACCGUCUCCGGGAUUGCGUCUUCUGUGUCGAGGCCGACUUCGAUGCGAGCAUUACGCUUCGGGAGGUCCCAGUUGGUCGGCUCCCCCAUUGUCACCCCCGCCGUCGUCACUUCCCAACCCUCUCUCCCUCUUCCUACGGCUCGGGUUCACCCCGUUGUUGCCCGCCGGGUGUGCCCGUUCACUGGGAAGAAGGCAAACAGGGCUAAUAAAGUCUCGUUCUCGAACCACAAGACGAAGAAGUUGCAGUUUGUUAACUUACAGUACAAGAGGGUCUGGUGGGAAGCUGGAAAGCGAUACGUGAAGCUGCGGUUGUCCACCAAGGCGCUGAAGACCAUCGAGAAGAAUGGCUUGGAUGCUGUUGCUAAGAAAGCUGGAAUCGAUCUCCGAAAAGAAUGA